AUGGCUUCCUCUGCUGCAGAAAAUCCUGCUCCUUCUUUCUCUGUUAUUCCAGUUUUUGGAGGUGAAAAUUAUGAAUUUUGGAAGGUGAAAAUGAGGACUUUGCUCUUGUCUGAAGGUCUUUGGAACAUUGUUGAAAAAGGUUUCGAAGAUCCUGAUGAUGAGAGUGGACUUUCUGAUGCCCAAAGGAAGAGACUUGAUGCAAACAGAAUGACAGAUGCUAGAGCCCUCUCCAAGAUUCAAAAUGGAGUUUCUCCAACCAUUUUUCCAAGAAUCAUCAGAGCCAAUACAGCCAAACAAGCCUGGGAGACCUUGCAACGGGAGUUUCAAGGUGACAGUAAGGCCAUAACAGUAAAACUCCAAUUCUUACGAAGGGAGUUUGAAAAUUUAAAAAUGAAGCAAUCUGAAUCUGUAAAAGAUUAUUUCUCCAGAGUCAUUAAUGUGGUCAAUCAGAUGAAGACGUAUGGUGAAGAUAUUUCUGAUCAGAAGAUAGUUGAGAAAAUCUUAAUCAGCUUGCCCGAAAAAUAUGAUUACAUUGUUGUAGCAAUUGAAGAGUCAAAGGAUCUCAGCACCUUAUCCGUUGAGCAAUUGAUGGGUUCCUUGGAGUCUCAUGAGCAAAGGAGACAAUGUCGUUCAGACCAAUCGAUUGAAAGUGCUUUUCAAUCAAAGCUCAACUUGAAGCCUCAAAGAUCCUUCAAGAAAGGUGAUUCAAGCAAUCAACAAAGAAGAUGGAAGAAGAAUGACUCAAAGAAGGAAGAAAGAAAAUAUGAGACAGUCACACCUAAGGUACGGUUGGGAAAUGGAGCUAUUGUUCAAGCCAAAGGAAAAGGAAGCAUUGCUGUUGAAACUAGAAAAGGAACGAAGCAUGUUCAUGAUGUUUUGCUUGUUCCUAAUCUUGAACAGAACUUGCUAAGUGUUGGGCAACUAGUGGAGAAUGGCUAUCGUCUCUGCUUUAAAGAUGAUGGCUGCAUAAUUUAUGAUCGAAAAAAUAAGACUAUGGCAAUUGCAUCUGUCAAGAUGACCAAGAACAGAAAUUUUUUUAUUGAAUUCAAGUAUGAAUCAGUUUCAGCUUUUAAAGGAGAAGUUGUUGAAGAUUCUUGGCUAUAUAUGGCAUAA